CAAAUAUACAACUUUACUCAAUCUAUAAUCUUCACAAAAAAAAAAAUCCAACAGUCAUAGAAGAAGAAGCCUUCACAAAGCCAAAAGAAAAUGACAGUGUUGUGUAUGAUUAUACCCAGUUGCCUUAGCAAGAGCUGUUCAUUGGCAAAUCCAACAAAGAGGAGAAAUGUGUGUGAAGGAGACAAACCAUUUGCCCAAAGGGAGAAUAAAUUAGCAUGUGAGUUGAAGUUGCUGAAGAGCUUGGCUCUGCCUCUAAUGACUGCCUUUAUAGCCCUCUCUCCCAUUGUUAAUCCUCCAGUCUCAGUUGGACAAACAAUAGAUGUACAAAAGGGAGCUUCUUUGUUUAAUCGAGCUUGCAUUGGAUGUCAUUAUGAAGGUGGAAAUAUAAUCCAGCCUGGUGCGACACUCUUCUUGAAGGAUCUACGAAGAAAUGGAGUUGACACGGAAGAGGAAAUCUACCGCGUCACUUACUAUGGCAAAGGGAGAAUGCCAGGGUUUGGUCAGAAUUGUACACCAAGGGGUCAAUGCACUUUUGGUCCUCGAUUACAAGACGAUGAAAUUAAACUCUUAGCUGAGUUUGUGAAGUCUCAAGCUGAUCAAGAUUGGCCUAAAAUCGAAAACAGUGGAGAUUGAAAAUAACUAUUAGUACUUCACAAUUGUUCAAAAUGUGCAUAUCAUGUUUCUCAGUUGCUUUGUCUUUUCAUCUCUCUCGUCCCAUGCGAUGUUUACUAAAGGCGAUUCAGAGAGAAAUAGUCAGUCAUUUCACUAGAGAGUUACCUGUUGAUGACAUGAAGGGUAGCUUCACUUGUUCUGUGUAAAGUUGACCUUAUUUACUUCCCAACAAUAGUUUCUAUUAGUUUUAGAUUAUAACACAUGCUGGACCUGCUAGAGCACAUGCUCACAUGCAUCUGUUAUUGUAAACUUUUUUUAAUAUAAAAACUAUAGUUUGACUUUA